AUGAGGAAGAGGCAAGCCCAUAGUCAUAUAAUGCUUCUGCCAAAGUGAGAGAUGGAGGUAGCAGUAAUGGAAGCAGCACUGAAACACUGGAUGUCUGAGUAUACUGUCUGACAUGAAAAAAGCAUGUAUGCUCAAGAGCUUGUGCUGAAACACCGGACACAAAUACUGCAUACACUGUGCAGUAGCGGGUCAGCUGAACAUCUGGAACAGGUUCUGGACAUACUUCUGGCCCAGGGUGAGCUUAUAUGGGAGGACUACCAGGACAUACAGGUACCAGGCAGGGCACUCUACACCAAAGCCAGACAGUUACUAGACCUGGUUUAUACAAAGGGUGUGGAUACUUGCGGACUCUUCCUCGCUGCUCUUCAACAGGUCCUACCUGAAGAGCAAGUAGGAGGCCUGUCAUUUUCUGGAAACUGUUCAAAUCUCCAGGAAAAAGAUGCAUUCCAGAGCACAUCUGCUCAGACUCUCCUGACUCAAAGACCAAUUCUGGUCAGCAAGCUCCAAGGCUGCAUUGAUGAUGCCCUGAAGGCUCUUGUUACGUCAGGACACUUCACCUCUGCAGACUGUAAUGAAGUGUUACUGCCUAUAUACACCCCCUCUCAGCAGGCAAGGUGUUUACUUGACCAAGUUAGAUCAAAAGGAGACAUGACUGUGAGUGUUUUGCUGCAGUUCAUUCAGCAACAACAGGACUUUGAAUCAACAUCCAACCAGGAGAAACUAACUCUUCCCAAAGAAUUUGUUAGAUAUCAAAAGAAGCUCAGCAGUUCUUUGUCAGCACAGUCCUGUUUUCUCAGCACUUAUGGUGGAACCAGCCAGAUGUCUCUGGAUGACAUCUACAUUGAAGGCCAGCUGGAACUGGCUCAUGACUGUGUUGAUGUCCAUGGGCCUUUGAGCCUGGAAGACAUAGUCGGUGCAGAAGGCACACUGAACAAGGAGGCAGACACAGUGCUUGUGUCUGGAGAAGCAGGCAGUGGGAAGAGCACCUUACUCCAGAGGCUGAACUUGCUUUGGGCACGGGGGGCAGCCCUUCAGAACUAUCUUCUUGUGUUUCCAUUCACCUGCCGUAGUUUAAACUCAGAGCAGAGGGAAUUGUCUGUUCAAGAGCUGCUGUUUCAGCACUGCUGUUGGCCGGAUCGGGAGCAGGAAGAGAUUUUCCAGUUCAUCUUAGACCACCCACAUCUCAUCCUUUUCUCUUUCGACGGUCUGGAUGAGCUCAAGCAAAGCUUCUCAGAUGAGCGUAGACUCUGCUGCCCCACCCAGCGUGCACCUGUUCACAUCUUACUAUUCAACUUAAUCCAGGGUUCUCUAAUGAAGGGAGUGCGGAAGGUGUUAACCAGUCGCCCAGAGGUGGUUGGCCCAAUGUUGAAGAAACAUCUUUGCAAAGAGGUUCUCCUGAAAGGCUUUUCCCCGAGUGGGAUUAACUGUUUUGUUAGGAAGCAUCACAAUGAUCCCACUGUUGCUGCUAAGGUUUUGGAGUCUCUUCGGACUAACACCGCUUUACAUGGACUGUGUCACAGUCCAGUCCUCUGCUGGAUUGUAUCAGAGUGCCAUAAAGAGCUUCUAGGCUGUGGAGAGGGCAGCCCACAAACAAUCACAGACAUCUACCUCAUGAUUUUACAACACUUUCUUCAGCGAAAAAGCUCCACAAAGACCACCACCAUUGGGUUUGGUUGGCUCCAGGAACACUUAGAAACCGUCCGACAUUUAGGACAACUUGCCAUUGAAGGGAUUGAAACUACCUGUUACAUCUUCUCAGGUACUCACCUGGAGAAAUGUGGUGUAACUGAGAAGGAUAUCUGCUUUGGCUUUCUCAUACAGAGCAAAGACAUGUCCUCUGCCAGAGGUAAAUGCUAUGAAUUCCUUCAUGUGACUCUGCAGUGUUUCUUUGCUGCGCUUAACAUAGUCCUGUCAAAUGACCGUUCAGCUAUCCGAAAGCUUUUUGAAACAAAGUGCAUGAAGGAGACAGGCCAGAGCAACAUAUGCUUCACAGCCUGUUUGCCUUCCUCUGAGAAUCCAGAGGUUUUAAAAGGGGAAACUACAGCAGCUGAAACACCAAAUUCACAAAUCACAGCCAGCUUUGUGUCAGGACUACUGUCCCAGCACCAUCGAGGCCUGUGGAUCCAGUGUUGUCCUAGUUCUGUACUGGAGAAGAGAAGCAGACAGGUGUCGAGAUGCCUGUCUAAAGGCAUGCAGAAACACUUCAAGUCUAUUCCUCAACCUGUAGAAGGAGAAAAAAAGAGCAUGCAUGCAAUGCCAGGCUUUGUUUGGCUUAUUAAAUGCAUCUAUGAGAUGCAGGAGAGCAGGAUUGCCAAAGAUGCUAUGAAUAAGCUGGAGGUGGAACAUCUGAAGCUGACUUACUGUAACAUUGGGCCUGUAGAGUGCACUGCACUAGCCUAUGUUCUUCAGCAUUUAAGGAACCCUGUAGGCCUCCAACUGGACAACAACUCUGUGGGUGAUGUUGGAGUGGAGCAGCUUCUUCCCUGCAUGAACAUUUGCAAUUCCCUGUACCUAAGGAAUAAUCACAUUACAGAUGAGGGGAUCUGCAAACUGAUUGCCAAAGGCGUCCAGUGUGGAAACUUCCGGAAGAUCGCGCUCUUCAACAAUAAUCUAACUGAUGCUUGCACACAUCACUUUUCCUAUCUUCUGAGGACCAAGCAAGAUUUUAUCUCACUUCGGCUAGGAAACAAUAAUAUAACAGCAGAAGGGGCAAAACAGCUGGCAGAAGGGCUGAAACUCAACCAUUCACUGGAGUUUUUAGGGCUUUGGGGCAACAAGAUUGGGGAUGCAGGUGCUGUAGCCCUUGCCAAAGCUCUAGAGAGCAGCAAAACUCUGGUUUGGAUGAGCCUGGUAGGUAAUGGUGUUGGCAAUGUUGGAGCAUGUGCCCUUGCCAACAUGGUAAAGAACAGCCCAUCCCUGGAAGAGCUUUGGUUGACAGAGAACUGCAUAACCAGACCAGGAGUGGAAUGUCUGAUUCAGGCUCUUGAACAUAAUGCUCAUGUGAAAUCAAUCUGGUUGAGAAACAAUGACCUCAGCUCGGAGGAAGUUGAGGAGAUGACACGUUGUGAACCAAGACUGAUCUUCUGAAUGCAUAUACAUGCAAAAGACUAAGGACUUCAUAAUGCUUCACUGACUGUGUCCAUUUAUUAUUGUCUGCGAUUUCAGUGAUCUGAUGAUUUCUUGGACAUCAAGGUUCUGCUUUUAAGGGUUCAUUCAAAGUGACAAAAUAUUCAGUACUGUGCAUAUGAUUUAGGCAUAUUUGGGCCAAAGGUUGAGGCUGCAGUAAGGCGUAGAUUUGGCGAGUAUGCCGCCUGAGGGCAACAUCAGGCAGGACGUAGGACUGACACAACCCUGGUCUCGCUCUAGAUGUUCUUGCCUAUUACCAGGAGCAUGGGAAAAUAAUUUCUUGAAAAAAUCCACACCUUUGGGUUGGAGUGAAGGGUGGAUGUGGUGAGUAGGCAUGGCCAGGACUGCUGUUCGGGCAGGUUGCCAUAAGCCCCUGCUUGCGCUGUGGAUGUCUAGAGGGCCUGAAAACCACCAGUGGUCUCCAGGUAUAUCAAAAAGGGUUGAAAAGGCCUGGACAGCUUGACCUUGGCUGUCCCCCCAGCCCUGGGUUGUGGCCCGCCUGGCCUGAGAUGAAUCCUUAGCAUCCUACAUGCCUAAAACUUCUGCACAUGAAUGUAUAUCCACUUAUCUCCUCAUCUUGGUUUUUUUUGUGGGUUUUGUUGGUUAAAGCAUAAUCUCAACCAACCAAUCACUAUUACUGUUACCACUUAAGAACAAUCUAGGUUUUAAUACAGUUAGUACAAAGUACACUUUUAAGGUAGUUUUACUUUUUGUGUAUAAUUUCAGAACUUGAUGUUGUAACUGACUAUUAGAUUUACUACAGUAAAGCUGAGAUAAGAUAAGAUAAGAUGAGAUAAGAUAGGUAAAAUGCAUUAUAUUUGGGUAAAUUCAGCUUUUACAGCAGCAGGACAAAAAUUGUUUACCCACCAAACACAACUUAUUUAACUGACAUCUGGUCACAUGGCUCAGGUUAAAAUGUUGUACUAUUUUGAAUUGUUCCACAUUUAUUUAUUAUACCUCUCACCAAGGAGGGGGCACAGCACUACUUCAACCAUCUGAUAUAUUGAAAUGCUUUCUAUAUGUGAAUAUAUCAUUAAUGAUAUCUGUCUAAGAUAAGACCCACCAUUUAAUGCAUGUAAGUUAUGGCAAUAAAGCAAGACACCAGUCACAUAAAUAUUGUCAUUUCAUGCCAGACACACUAUAAUUUAGUUUGGCAGCAAUUUAACAAGCUUAGAAGCAUAGAUAAUAAUAUCAUCAUACUUUACAAAAAUAGAUAAAAAUAACUAUAAAAAUAUAAGUGCUGAAACAUU